GUCACCAAAGCAUUCCAACAAUAUCAGGCUUGCAAGCGAAAGUCCAUCUGGUCCGAACGGGAAUGCGAACAAGCGCUUCGGAAUGUUCGGAUCACAAUGAUCAACACUGUCCGAGAGGAACUUCGAGACCAGGUAGCAGUGGUUUCCUCCAGCUUGCAAAGCAUGAUGGUGCUUUCCUCCCUGGUUCUCAUCGUUGGCUUCGGCUCCGUUUGCGAGGGCACCUUCCCAGACCCUGAGGUGCAUGCAAGUGAUUAUCCAGGCCUGCAGGAUGUCUUCCUGGAGCUUUACGCGCUCUUUGCGGGCUUGACCUUGGUCCUGCCCCUGGGCUCCCUGCUUUGCACAUUCGCGAUUUCGCGGGAGUUGGAGUUUUUCCUCGCAGCCUGUGGGGCAGAUCUUCAACGGCAUGUGAGGAGGGCCUUGAGACGUACCUGGCCGGACCACACCGAUCCAGCGAUGUCGCCCAGCAGGAUCCGCGGUGACAUUUCCCCGGACCUCAACAAGCAUCAGGAACGCAAACGGCUGCAGAGAGAGAUGCGAGGGCUCAGCGGGCAGCAUGACGAUGACGCCCUGCGCGCCGUCUUGGAAGACACAAGGGCAGUCCACGGGCUGGCGCAAGAUCUGCUUCGGCAAGUGCGCUACUUCAAUAAGCUGUAUCCCUUAGCUCACGUCCUACUGCUCUCCGGGCUCGUGUCAGCGGUGUGCUUGUGCAUGGUGCUCUUGAGCCUGAUCUUCAUUCACCACUUCCCCACCAUGCCAGUGCUGUGGCAAGUCUACUGUGGGACGGUGGGUAUUGGCGCGGCCUCUGCGCUGGCCGUCUGCCUGCUCUCGCUCUGGACGAACAGCAGCCCCCGCGAACUGCCGGAGCCAGACGAGGUUGUUGCUGAAGCCUCGCUUAGUCCUGCGCGGCGGCGGUCCUCCAAAACUUUGCAGAGGCGGAGGGAGGAGCCCAGUCUUGCACACCUCCGGGAGCCCUUGCUGCGCUGA